ACAUAACAGAUUUCAGCUAAUUGAUUUCCAUUACAUGACUAAAUAGUCCAUUUUCCAACUGAGACGAGGGAAUUCCAGGAACUAUCAACCUGAUUUAUGUUAAUUAAAGCUGUUUCCGUGUAUUUAAAGCGGUAUGAUACAAUAUAAUUUCAAUAAGGCUAGUAAUAUUAUGAAUACAGUGCUUAAAUAAAACUAAAAUACCAUGAAAUUGAAAACUUAUUGAUGUAGAGAACAGCGAUGAACAAACUUGACAAGAAAUACAAUCAAUUUGACAGAGGCUUCUACACAUAAUGAGUCAAUUAAACUUAGUGGUGUUCGUUUUAUGUCUGUUUCAGACAUUUAUCUAUGGACAGCAGUAUAAAGAAUGUGGCGGCAAGCCAGCAGAUAUCAUGUUUGCUCUUGAUUCGUCUGCCAGUAUUCCAUUCAAGGAUUUCCAGAAAGAAAUAAACUUUACACAAAACUUAAUAAAAAUAUUUGAUAUUGGUUCAGACAAAACUCGAGUCGGGCUAGUUACAUUUAGUACAACAGUUGUCCCAGUACUCCGUGUUGGAGAGUUUGAAACUAAAGCGGAAAUUUUGGAAAAGACAAACGAAGUACAGUUUCAAGGAGGUAACACCAACACUGCUGAAGCUCUAAGUUACAUUAGACAGAAAGGUUUCAAGUCCACUGAGUCUGUAGAUCGACCUAGGAUAGCCAUAAUAUUGACGGAUGGUCAGUCAAAUGACGUAGUUCGGACAGUAACGGAAGCUGCAAAGACAAAAACAGCAGGGAUUACCGUAUUUGUCAUUGGAAUAGGGUCACAGGUAGAUGAACAUGAGCUUGAAGCUAUUGCAACCAAACCAUUGUCAACUUAUAUGUUAAAGAUUGGAAAUUUUGAUGCAUUGGAUUCAAUAAAAGAUGAACUUGCGAUUAAAGCAUGUGAAGUUGUACCCGUAACACCAGCGCCACCUACUGAACCCAUGAUGAAUGACGAUGAAGUACUGUAUGGAGAAGGCACAUGUUCUCCUUCCAAACCUAUGAGCAUUGCAUACGCAGUGGAUACCUCAUCGAUUGGUGCAGAGAAUGCCUACUUUGUGAUGGUCCUAAUAAAUAGAAUCGCAUCGCGGCUCCGAAUGGACAAGCAACAAAUCAGCUUAAGUGUCCUGACAAGUUCAUGUGGCCUCCAAACACAAAAUGGCGGCCUUAUCGAUCAUGUCCACGACCAGAACUCUUUACAGAACAGUCUUGACACCAUGACCUCGGCCUCUUUCCAAAGCAUACUUCGAGAUAUGAGACAGAAGAUUCAAUCGGACAAAGGUUUAAAGGUCGGCUUUAUCUUUCUAAGUCGACCGCUGAGCAAGGAAGAAUUUCACAAGUCUGAACUUGAAUCCAGGAGGGCUAAAUUUAAGAAAAUUCAUAUAUUUGUAGUAGGAAUUGGAUCACGCUUGGAUGAAUCGCAAGCUGUUGGUUUGACAGUGGAAAAGAAUCAUUAUAUGCAUACUGAUUCAUAUGAUACCCUUUAUGAGCUGGAAGGGCCUAUCUUGUACCGCAUAUGUAAAGUGAAUUAACAUCCAAGAUGCAUGCUGGAUACAUUAAAAAUACAGAGCAAACUGAUGCUAUAAUAAAUGGUAUACGAUUAUCAUAUGUAUAUUAUUUGGAAAUAAUAUAUAAAUUAUCUAUUGAUAACAAUAAUUUAAAAGGAGCAGUUGGUUUUUAUUUCUGUUGAAACUUGGAAGGUACUAGGAGGGGGGAUGUGUUGUACGCAAGACUUUAUUUUUAUGUUAUGAAAAAAAACAGAUAAUAAAACAUACUGAAGGAC